AAGUCUCCUAAGUGGUGGGGUCUUUCCUGGUAAGGAGCGUUUGGUAAGCUGAUAGCGCGCGGCUCUUACUCAGUCGCAUUGAAGCUGUGCAGCGCUGACGUUUACGUGAAUUUUCUUCGUUGGUAAGUCGAAAACAAAAACACAGCCGCCAUGGACGCGAUCAAGAAGAAAAUGCAAGCUAUGAAGCUUGAAAAAGACAACGCUUUAGAUCGCGCAGCGUACAACGAGCAGCUGGCCAAAGAUGCUAAUCUACGCGCUGAAAAGGCCGAAGAAGAAGCCCGCUCUCUCCAGAAAAAGAUCCAACAGAUUGAGAACGACCUUGACCAAACCCAAGAACAACUGACUCAGGUCAACACCAAACUUGAAGAGAAAGAUAAGGCUUUGCAAAAUGUGAGUAGAUUUAUUCUUGAACCUGUUUUUACCAUAGUUAUACCAUACGAGUUUUAUAAUGCAUAAAUUUUCGACAAGUGA